CGGUUUGAAUGGUUAAGAACGUUUGUUAUCAGCUCAAAGAACUUUUUAAACAGGCUGGCUAUUUUUUUAAAGUAAAAAACAGUGUGCUAUCGCGAGCUUGUUCUACAAGUUGCAUCUAGUCAUAAAGUGAUAAUUUUCUAUGUAAUAUUUUUUUUCUGGUGUACUAACUUUGAUAAAUAUUUUGUUUACCAACAAAAAUUAAUAUAACUGCUGGUGUUCCAAGUACACCAACCACUGAAGUUUUGAAGCCGUAUUUGCUUUACAUUUUACAACGAAACAAAAAAUUACAGUUUUAUCUUCAGCAAGUUUGUGGUUUUAUUUUUUGAACAAAAUAUUGCUGGCGAAUGACAAUACACUAUGUUUAUUUGAUCUGAACCCGAGAUUCAAAAACCGACUGAAUCGACAAACCUAAUUGGACAGCGAGGAUGUCGGGUGAAAACAUUCCACUCAACUACCAAUCAACUCCGGGCGACGGCGGAAAAUCCGACAAAGAACUGCCUUAUGAGGAGAUUGUGUUCCGGAAUCUAGACCCGGCCACUUACUUCGAGGACAACAAGCGGAAAAUAGAUUUCGUGUUGGUGUAUGAGACGAAGGGCAGUACCAGUGAGAAAGACACGGAGAAGAGGAGGAAGGCGGGCAGGGAUAAAUUCUUCUCAGAACUUGAAAGACAGGGACUACAAUUGGAAGAGGUAAUAGAUGAAGAUGGCCAGCAGCAUUGCACAGUGUACGUCAAAGUGCACGUUCCUUUUGAGGUGUUAUGUCUGUAUGCAGAGGAGCUUAACAUGCGGGCACCACUUCAACUCGCUUCACAAGAUGAUGACGAUAUCCAUGGUGUGACGAAACAAGACAUUUCGUAUGCCGAAAGGAUUGACUCGCAUCAGUGGAGUGCUCGGCUGUGGUCUCGUAUCCUGCCCUGUGUGUCCAACCCCAUGCUCACCUCCAUCCCCCACCGACCCCCCGACUACUUCACUUGUCCCUUCAAAAAGGACAAAAUAUCAAAGUAUCACGGCUCUGACCAGCAGCAGACCUUCUUCACAGUCAGACAUAGAAUCAGAAUAGCGUAUGAGAUCCUGCAGAACACGUACUAUGGGACGAGGUCACGUGCCGAGAUAGGUGUGAACAGAAUGGUGCAAGAGAAGUACUUCACAGCAGCCUACCCACCUCAUGAUGGAUCCUAUCACCUGCCGGAGUACUUUGUGCCGGAGGAGCACCUGAAUGCGAGACAGAUCCUGUACAAGUACUGGGCCAGUUGGGGUAUGUGGUACAGGUACCAGCCUCUGGACCAUGUCAGGGAGUACUUCGGGGAGAAGAUUGCCAUCUACUUCGCAUGGCUAGGUUUCUACACGGCGUGGUUAUUGCCGGCUGCCUUAGUGGGUCUCAUAGUGUUCGUGCUCAGUGUAAUAUCACUCAAUCACAAUCCAGUCGCUCAGCAGGUUUGCGAUGAAGACAACUCGUUCAACAUGUGUCCCCUCUGUGACGCGUGCGCAACAUGGAAACUGUCCGAGAACUGUCUCAACUCCUGGUUGGCGUAUCUGUUUGACAAUGGCUACACAGUCUUCUUCGCCGUCUUCGUCUCCUUCUGGUCUGUCCUCUUCUUGGAGUACUGGAAGAGGACAUCAGCUGUACUCGCUCACCAUUGGGACGUGUUCGACUUCGCACCCCUAGAAGAAAACCCCCGCCCCCAGUAUGCGGCCUUGUCGACUGAGAUGCGGAAGAAUCCGAUCACGAACCAACUGGAGCCAUACUUCCCGGAGAGAGUCAGAACCGCUCGCAUGAUCUCAGGCAUAUCUGUUCUAUUCAUGAUGAUCAUGGUGGUGAUCAUUUUUGUGGCGGGAGUGGUGAUCUACCGGAGUCUGAUUGUGAUUCCUCUGCUGAGCACGGACCUGUUCAGAUCUCAGGCUUCCCUCAUCGCCAGUGCCUCAGGAGCAGCCAUACAGGUCAUCCUCAUCAUGCUCUCCGCUCAGGUGUAUGAGUUCGUGGCCGAGCGGUUCAACGACUGGGAGAUGCACAGAACUCAGGAGGAGUACGACAACAACCUCACCUUCAAAGUGUUCGUGUUCCAAUUCAUCAACUACUACUCUUCCAUCAUAUACAUCGCAUUCUUCAAGGGCAAGUUCACGGGGUACCCUGGGCACUAUGGGAGGAUAUUUGAUAUCCGGCUGGAGGACUGUCCCAAUGGAGACUGUCUCAUGGAGAUGGCCACUCAGCUGGCUGUCAUCAUGGUCGGCAAACAAAUCAUAAACAACACCAUGGAAAUUGGGCUCCCCAUGGUGAAAAAGUGGUGGAACAAAUGGAUGAAGAUGAGGUGGAGAACUACAUUAGGCAGACGGGGCGGGACGAACGGCAAUCCCCAGAGCAUGUUGAACAAAGAGGGGGUGGACUCCACCUCCACCACCCAACCAGGGGGAGGGACAGCUGAGACAAGUGGGGCGGGUGCGAAUGUGAAAACGGCCAGGCUGGAGGAGGAUUACAUGUUGCCGGAGAACGAGGGACUGUUUGAAGAAUAUCUGGAAAUGGUGCUGCAGUUCGGCUUCAUCACCAUCUUCGUGUGUGCCUUCCCUCUGGCUCCCCUCUUCGCCCUCCUCAACAACUGGCUUGAGAUUAGAGUGGAUGCUAACAAGUACGUCUGCCAAGUGAGACGCGCAGUCGCCGAAAGAGCCAAUAACAUAGGAAUCUGGUAUGAGAUAUUAGCCGCAAUAUCAAGAAUCGCCGUAAUUACCAAUGCCUUUCUGAUAGCGUUCACGAGUGACUUUAUGGAGAAGACGUUCUACUCGUACACAAUGGAGAGUGACCUGGAAGGAUAUGUGAACUUCACGCUCUCCGUCGCCCCCACCGAGUUCGACCAGAAACACCCGGAGUCAGCUGGAUGCAGUUACAAGGGAUUUCGCGACUCCAACGGUGAACUGACAAUCAACUUCUGGAAAAUCCUAGCAAUCAAACUCGCAUUCAUGAUCAUGUUUGAGCAUUUCGUGUUCAUGGUCGGAGUUGCCAUUGAUGUUUUUGUGCCGGACAUCCCAGAAGAUCUGGACCUGAAGAUUAAACGAGAACGCUUCUUAGCCAGACAAGCCUUAUCGCACAUUCCAGAAAAGGAAAAAAUCUGGACUGAAAUUCAGGAUUAGUUUCACUUGAUGACGAAACUGUCAGAAAGUGACCGUUGAUUGAAAUCAAGCAAUUAACUUGUUCAUAACCUCAUUUCUAUCACAUUACCCGACUACUACAUAUCCCUUCAUUUAAUAAAAGUUUGAAAAAAAACUGUCGAAAAAAAACUAUUAAUUAACUAAUAUCUUUAGAAAAAAAAUCUUAUAUUUGGCGCUCAGAACACAAAGCGGCAGAUGCUUAGUUAAUAGACUACAGAUUUCAAUUUCACUCUGCUAUCAAUCUUUUUAUUGGAAGUCAAUUUGAUUGAUUGCUGUUUGAAACAAAAGAUUCGACAA